AGUGAGUUAGGUUGUUAGAAAGUUAAUGGCUGGGGGAAAGAGAUCCUCAUCAACCCUCGCUUCGGGAGUGUUUCAUGAUUCCCUGAAGUAAAAACACGCCAAAUUUUCAAAAGAAAGAAUCCGGACGGAACAUUAGGUCAACCAUAAGCUCACUAAUAUACGUAUUGUCAAGAUAAGUAUGCAGGAUGCAGUAGCCGGGACGGCAAUGCUGACGGACGGCUUCGAGGACGAGAUUGACUCGGUGACUCCUCGCUCCCCAGUGGUAGGGAUGGGGGUAGGAGCAACACCAGGAGUCGGACUUGGGGGCAUAGGGAUUGGUGUGGGUGGAAAGAAAGUACGCUUGUUCGGUGAGCCCGGUGGGCCUCCUACAGAAAGACUGGACUUCAAACUAGCGGCAGCAGCAGUCCUAUCCUCGGGUCCAGGAUCUGGCAGCGACGAAGACGAGGUCUCAGAGGUGGAGUCGUUUAUACUGGACCAGGAGGACCUGGACAACCCCAUCAUGAAGACGGCGUCGGAGCUGCUGCUGUCCAGUGCUACAGACGGGGUGGACCUCCGGACCGUUGACCCGGAGACACAGGCCCGUCUGGAGGCUCUGCUGGAGGCUGCAGGCAUCGGUAAACUGUCCACUGCCGAUGGUAAAGCGUUUGCAGAUCCGGAGGUUCUGCGGAGGCUGACGUCGUCGGUGAGCUGCGCCCUGGACGAGGCGGCGGCCGCGCUCACCCGCAUGAGGGCAGAGAACACCCUCAACGCAGGCCAGGCCGACAACCGUAGUCUAGCGGAGGCGUGUUCGGACGGAGACGUGAACGCCGUCAGGAAGCUGCUGGACGAGGGCCGGAGCGUCAACGAGCACACGGAGGAGGGCGAGAGCCUGCUGUGCCUGGCCUGCUCCGCCGGCUACUACGAACUCGCACAGGUGCUGCUGGCCAUGCACGCCAACGUGGAGGACCGGGGCAUCAAGGGUGACAUCACGCCCCUGAUGGCGGCGGCCAGUGGAGGCUACGUAGACAUCGUCAAGCUGCUGCUGGUGCACGGAGCCGACGUCAACGCCCAGUCCUCCACGGGAAACACAGCUCUGACGUACGCGUGCGCGGGGGGCUUCGUGGACGUGGUGAAGGUGCUCCUCAAGGAGGGCGCCAACAUCGAGGACCACAACGAGAACGGCCACACCCCCCUGAUGGAGGCGGCCAGCGCGGGCCACGUGGAGGUGGCCCGGGUCCUGCUGGAGUACGGCGCCGGCAUCAAUACGCACUCCAACGAGUUCAAGGAGAGCGCCCUCACGCUGGCCUGCUACAAAGGUCACCUGGACAUGGUGCGGUUCCUGCUGGAGGCCGGGGCCGACCAGGAGCACAAGACAGACGAGAUGCACACGGCACUGAUGGAGGCCUGCAUGGACGGGCACGUGGAGGUGGCGCGGCUGCUCCUGGACAGCGGGGCGCAGGUCAACAUGCCGGCCGACUCCUUCGAGUCGCCGCUGACCCUGGCAGCGUGCGGGGGACACGUGGAGCUGGCCGCACUGCUCAUAGAGAGGGGAGCCAACCUGGAGGAGGUGAACGACGAAGGCUACACGCCCCUCAUGGAGGCGGCCAGGGAGGGCCACGAGGAGAUGGUGGCCCUGCUGCUGGCUCAGGGAGCGAACAUCAACGCCCAGACGGAGGAGACGCAGGAGACGGCUCUGACGCUGGCCUGCUGCGGGGGCUUCUUGGAGGUGGCCGACUUCCUGAUCAAGGCGGGGGCCGACAUCGAGCUGGGCUGCUCCACGCCACUGAUGGAGGCGGCCCAGGAGGGCCACCUGGAGCUGGUCAAGUACCUACUGGCUGCAGGGGCGAAUGUCCACGCUACCACGGCAACGGGAGACACAGCGCUGACCUACGCCUGUGAGAAUGGACACACAGACGUGGCUGAUGUGCUGCUGCAGGCCGGCGCCAACCUGGAGCAUGAGUCUGAGGGGGGGAGGACCCCCCUGAUGAAGGCAGCCAGAGCAGGACACCUGUGUACCGUGCAGUUCCUCAUCAGCAAGGGUGCCAAUGUGAAUCGGGCCACGGCAAACAACGACCACACGGUGGUGUCCCUGGCCUGUGCUGGGGGACACCUGGCUGUGGUGGAGCUGUUGCUGGCCCACGGGGCCGACCCCACGCACCGACUGAAGGACGGCUCCACCAUGUUGAUCGAAGCAGCCAAGGGGGGCCACACCAACGUGGUGUCCUACCUGCUAGACUACCCCAACAACAUCCUGUCAGUCCCCGCCCCCGACCUGGCACAGCUCACCCCCCCCUCGCAAGACGCCUCUCAGGUUCCACGUGUCCCAUUCCAGGCCCUGGCCAUGGUGGUGCCCCCCCAGGAGCCCGACAGAGCCCCCUCCAACAUCGCCACGCCCCCACCCGUCUCCAGCAAAGCCGCGUCCAAGCAGAGGCAGGCCGCCCUCCAGCCCGGGGCCUCCAACGGGGCCCCGCGCGGCCCCGAGACGGAGCCCCUGCCCCCCUUCCACCUGUGCCAGCCCCUGGAGUGCAUCGUGGAGGAGACGGAGGGCAAGCUGAACGAGCUGGGCCAGAGGAUCAGCGCCAUCGAGAAGGCCCAGCUGCAGUCCCUGGAGCUGAUCCAGGGGGAGCCGCUCACCAAAGACAAGAUCGAGGAGCUGAAGAAGAGCAGGGAGGAACAGGUGCAGAAGAAGAAGAAGAUCCUCAAGGAGCUGCAGAAGGUGGAGCGCCAGCUGCAGCUCAAGACCCAGCAGCAGUUCACCAAAGAGUACCUGGAGGCCAAGGGGCUGAAGGAGGAGCAGGAGGCGGGCCAGAGCCAGGGCCCGGGGCCCGGCCCCGGGGGGGAGGCCCCGCCCAGCGCCACCACCUCCACGCCCGGGGCCCUCACCGCCUGCUCCGGGGACCCCGCCCUCGCCCAGGCCGGCUCCGACACGGACGAGGAGGGGCUCCGAGAGGGGGAGCAGGAGGAGGAGCAGCCCGGAGAGGAGGAGGAGGACGACGAGGACGAGGAGGACGACGACGAGGAGGAGGACGAGGACGAGGAGGACGGCUCGGACGCGGAGGGCGGAGAGGUGGAGGAGGCCUACCCCAAGCUGCCCCAGGUGGACACCAUCCUGUACAGAGACGGCCAGCCGCCCCACCUCCCUCCCUCGCCCCAGGCCCAGCCCCCGCCUCCGCCCCUCCAGGCCCCCUUCGUGCCCAUCCAGCCCCUGGGCGACUACAGCCCCGCCGACUACCCCGGCGGGACCCCCCCGGAGCUGCAGCGGGUGCUGCUGGGGCAGCAGCAGGCCCUGGGGGCGGGGAUGCUGGGCCAGCAGGCCCCAGACGGACUCAUGGUGGCCACGCCCGCUCAGACGCUCACAGACACGCUGGAUGACAUCAUGGCAGCUGUGAGUAGCAGGGUGCCCAUGCUAAGCACUACGACCUCGCCCACGCCCCUAUCCCAACCCCCUUCUCAGACCCCCUCCAACAUGGCCUCGCCCCCCUCCGUUCUGCCCCUCUACCCCUCCGUGGACAUUGACGCACACACGGAGAGUAACCACGACACGGCGCUAACGCUGGCGUGUGCUGGAGGACACGAGGAGCUGGUGUCGGUCCUCAUCGCACGAGGGGCCAACAUCGAGCACCGCGAUAAGAAGGGUUUCACCCCUCUCAUCCUGGCUGCCACCGCUGGCCACGUGGGAGUGGUGGAGGUCCUCCUGGACAAAGGGGGCGACAUCGAGGCCCAGUCAGAGAGAACCAAAGACACGCCCCUCUCCCUGGCCUGCUCUGGGGGACGCCAGGAGGUGGUGGAGCUGCUGCUACUGCGGGGAGCCAAUAAGGAGCACCGUAACGUGUCCGACUACACGCCCCUCAGCCUGGCCGCCUCCGGGGGCUACGUCAACAUCAUCAAGAUCCUCCUCAACGCUGGCGCCGAGAUCAACUCCAGGACGGGCAGUAAGCUGGGCAUCUCCCCCCUCAUGCUGGCAGCCAUGAACGGCCACGUCCCCGCCGUCAAGCUGCUGCUGGACAUGGGCUCCGACAUCAACGCCCAGAUCGAGACCAACCGCAACACGGCGCUCACCCUGGCCUGCUUCCAGGGCCGCGCCGAGGUGGUCAGCCUGCUGCUCGACCGCAAGGCCAACGUGGAGCACAGGGCCAAGACCGGUCUGACCCCCCUGAUGGAGGCAGCGUCGGGGGGCUAUGCCGAGGUGGGCAGGGUGCUGCUGGAUAAGGGCGCGGACGUCAACGCCCCUCCGGUCCCCUCGUCCAGAGACACGGCUCUCACCAUCGCUGCCGACAAGGGCCACUACAAGUUCUGUGAGCUCCUCAUCAACAGGGGCGCUCACAUCGACGUGCGCAACAAGAAAGGGAACACGCCCCUCUGGCUGGCGGCCAACGGCGGCCAUUUUGACGUGGUGCAGCUGCUGGUGCACGCCAGCGCCGACGUGGACGCGGCAGACAACCGCAAGAUCACCCCGCUCAUGGCCGCCUUCCGCAAGGGUCAUGUGAAGGUGGUACAGUACCUGGUGAAGGAGGUCAACCAGUUCCCCUCUGACAUCGAGUGCAUGAGAUACAUCGCCACCAUCGCGGACAAGGAGCUGCUGAAGAAGUGCCACCAGUGCAUGGAGACCAUCGUCAAGGCUAAGGACCAGCAGGCAGCAGAGGCCAACAAGAAUGCCAGCAUCCUGCUGAAGGAGCUGGACCUGGAGAAGUCCAGAGAGGAGAGCAAGAAGCAGGCCCUGGCCGCCAAGAGGGAGAAGCGCAAGGAGAAACGCAAGAAGAAGAAGGAGGAGCAGAAGAGGAAGCAGGAGGAGGAGGAGGAGGAGAAGACCAAGGAGGAGUUCUGCGACAUGCAGGAGGAGAAGGAGGACUCCGCUGAAGAAGAAGAGGUUCCUAUCGACCCCCCCAGCGCCACCACCACCACCACCAUCGGCAUCUCCGCUACCUCCGCCACCUUCACCUGCACCUUCGGGAAGAAGCGCGCCGGCGUGGCCACCACCCCCAGCACCAACCGCAAGAGCAAGAAGAACAAGACCAAGGACUCGCCCGACGACACCAUCAUCCUGCAGGACUCGCAGGUGGCGCUAGCGCAGCACAAGGCUGACAAAAACAAGAUCCAGGGCGAGCCCCGGGGCGGAGGCGGGGGCCUGGCGGGGGGCAACAGUGACUCGGACCCCCUGGACAGCACCGACUGUGCCAGCGAGGGCAGCAGCAGCGGGGGCAAGAGCCAGGAGCUCAACUACCUGCCCGACCUGCCCUCCUGCGCCUCCUCCUACUCCUCCUCCUCAUCCUCCUCCUCCUCCUCGGCUCCCCCCCUGGGGGCGCACCCCUCCCACGCCCUCCUGCCCGGCCCGGAGAAGAGACACUGCCCUCAGCUGCACAGCAGCGACAGCAAGCUGGACAACAAGGUCACGGUGUCCAUCUCCAAACCAUCGCACAAGGUUCCUGACAUGAGUGAGCUGGUCCCCAGCUCCCUGCCCUCCCCCUUCAAGACCAUGUCCCUGCCCAUCUCCUCCCCCAACAGCAAGCUGAGCCUCACCUCCCCCAAGAGAGGGCAGAAGAGAGAGGAGGGCUGGAAGGAGGUGGUCCGGAGGUCUAAGAAGCUGUCUGUCCCGGCCUCCGUGGUGUCUCGCAUCAUGGGCCGCGGCGGCUGCAACAUCACGGCCAUCCAGGACGUGACGGGAGCCCACAUCGACGUGGACAAGCAGAAGGACAAGAACGGAGAGAGGAUGAUCACCAUCAGAGGUGGCACCGAGUCCACAAGGCACGCCGUGCAGCUCAUCAACGCCCUGAUCCAGGACCCGGCCAAGGAGCUGGAGGACCUGAUCCCCAGGAACCACAUCCGCGCCCCGGGCUCCAAGGCCAGCUCGGCCCCCUUCGCCAGCGCCGGCGGGGCCUCCAGCGGCUCCUCCGCCGGGGCCAAGGCCUUCAGCUCCCUGGUCACGUCCUCAGGAGUCUCCUUCCAGUCCUCCUCCUCCUCCCAGGUGGGGGGCAAGGUGGGGAAGGGGCUGUCGUCCGGGGUGAGGCAGCCCUUCCCGGUGUCUCUGCCCCUGGCCUACGCCCAUCCCCAGCUGGCUCUCCUGGCCGCCCAGACCAUGCACCAGAUCAGACACCCGCGCCUGCCCAUGGCCCAGUUCGGGGGGACGUUCUCCCCCGCCGCCAGCACCUGGGGCCCCUUCCCCGUGCGGCCGGUGAGCCCCGGAAGUGCCAACAGCUCCCCGAAACACAACGGAGGAGGAGCCUCGGGCCGGUCCGGCGCCGCGCCCCACAGCGAGCACAGCAGCGCCGUCAGCUCGGCGGCGGCGGCGUCCAUCUCCAGCCCCUCUGGAGCAGCCCCGGCUGCAGCCUCUCCUCACACCCCUAACCCGCCCGCGCCCUCCAACCCGCAGCCCAGCGCCCCCACGCCCUCCUGCGUCAGGAAACAGCUGUUCACCUCCGACCCCAAACCCUCCGGGCUCAACUCGUUGUCCAUGGCGACCACAGCUGCGGUGAGCAGCAGCAGUAACGCAGUGCGAGGCACGGGGUCUCCCGCCCACCAUCACACGGGCAUGACGGCGACCUCCGGCUCCGGCUCCACCCAGGCCUGCGCCCCGCCGCCCCUCCUCCAGCCCCUCAAGGUGGAGCCCAGCGCCUCGGCCCCCCCAGGCAAGGAGAAGCCCCCUGGGGCUCUGGAGAGCCAGACCUCCUCUUCCAGCGAGAGCCACAGCUCGGCAGGCUUUGCCACGCCAGCCAUGGCCUUGCCCCCCAAGCCUGAGCCCCGGCAGCAGUUACCCCCCCCUCCCCCUCCCUCCUCGGCCGCCGCCACCAUCACCUCCUCCUCCUCUACAGAAGCCCCCCCGCCCCUGCUCGCCGCCCAGCCCAGCUCCCACCUCCCCCCUGGGCCAGCCCCCUCACACAGCUCCAUGCACCCCAACAACACGGUGCCCCACUUCUCAGCCCCCGCCCCCCGCGUCUCUCACCGGAUGCAGCCGUCGGGACCCUACUACCCCCUGUCAGAGCAGCAGCAGCAGCAGGUGUUUGUGCCCCUCAGCGCCCAGCAGGAGCCCCCCAAGCAGACCCAGAGCCAGGCUCAGGUGUCCCACCUACCCCAGCAACCCAGCCUGCCUCCCCAGGCCCCCCCGCACCAGGUGCCCUCCAGCCUGGGCAUGAUGAACGGAUCCCAGAUGCAGCACGUCCACGGGGGAGGCAAGACCCAGCAGAUGCCCCCCAACUUCGGCCCCGCGGCGCUCUUCAACCAUUUCAGCAGCAUGUUCGACAACAACAACCAGGGAAACAACCAGGUGUGGGGCGCAUGCCACCUGCCCACCCGCUCCCCCCCUGAGCAGCCUUACUCGGCCCCCCCGCCCUACAUGAGCAUGGGCCAGAUGGAGGGCCUGAUGCCUCCAGACAGCUCCAAGGCUCCAGGCUACCGCUCCACCUCCCAGAGGAUGGUCAACAACCCCAUAGCCCUCACCAGCUAUGCCACCAGUAUCUCCGGCAGCCCAGUCUACCUCCACGGACCUGCCGCCGUGGGCACGCCCUCCUUCAGCAGACAGCACUUCUCCCCUCACCCCUGGAGCGCCGCGUCUUCCGGUGAGUCUCCGGUGGCCCCUCCCUCCACGGUGUCGUCCUCGUCCCUGUCCUCCUCGUCUGGGCCCCCUCCUCAGCAGCCCAAGCCUGGCAACGCCAGCCAGCAGGACCGCAAGGUGCCCCCCCCCAUCGGCACGGAGCGCCUGGCCCGGAUCAGGCAGACGGGCUCUGUCAACCCCCCCCUCCUCACCACCAGCUACACGGCACCCGUGGGACAGGGGGGCAUCUGGUCCUUCGGUGUGGGCAGCGCCUCUGAGGCCAUGUCCGGCUGGUCCCAGCCGCUGAUGAGCAGUCACAUGAUGCACCCGCAGCUGCAGGCGGAGCAGACGGCCUUCUCCCAGCACCAGCCCAUGGAGCAGGACGACACGGGCAUCUCCAACCCCGCCAACAGCUACCACCAACCCCAGCACAUGCCCAACAGCUACAUGGACUUCCCCAAGGGUAUGCCCAUGUCUAUGUAUGGAGGAACCAUGCUGCCCCCCCACCCUCCCAUGGCCGAGGGGCCGGGGGCCGCCAUGUACAACGGCCUGCACGCCCCAGACCCCGCCUGGAGCCCCAUCAUCAAGGUGGUCCCUAACAACACAGACAGCUCAGACCCACAGCAGGUGUGGCCUGGUACCUGGGCCCCUCACGUGCACCUGAACCACGUCAACUAGAAGGCGUCGACAGCAAUCAAACGCACACCGCACGACCCACGGCGCUGACACGGAAUUCCGAUGAAGGAAAACAAAACGAGACGAAAAAAAUAAUAAUGAAAAUUGCAACAUGUUAACCUAGUAGAGAACCAGAGAGUGCAGAGCUGAGGUUGAAGAAUUGGAGGGAAUAUGACAUCCUGAUACCAUUCUUUGAUGUGCCUAUAUCAAACAAGAAAUUCUCAAUUUGGCGAGGGCUGUUAUCAAUGUCCCAAUGUCUGCGAACAAAGUGGGAUUCCCUGUUCAACAGGAUCCAUUCUCUGUGUAGUUUAGCGAUUUUGACUUAAACCCACAUACACCGUUCUGAGGCUGCAGGAAGCUUACGGGCCGUAGCUAUUUAAACUCAGCCAAGAACUACAUGAUGAUGAUUACCUAAAGAGAAAGAAAUCAGAACCUUUUUAGAGUGGUAAAUACAUGUAUAAUUGUUUACAUACUAAAAAGGGUUAAAAUGAGAGUAAAUUUCAUGUCGUAUAGUGGCUCUACUUUAUGUAGCCUGUAUUAAUGUGAAAUAUUUACCUAAUAUUCAAUAAAAAGAUUGAAAAGUU